GACGUCGUUCGGUGAUCGCCAAAAAUAAACCGGGAAACCAAUUAAAAACGGGGGACACAGAUCUGCUGGUUGAACCGGUUUGGUUAAAAUCGCCACAAGCCCUAACGAGUUUGUUCUUGUUCUUGUUCUUGUUCUCUGCGACUACGGUCAAACCAUCAGCAAAAUCGACGACAAGGACGUGCUCAGCCAUCGCUCUCCAGGUUUUGACAUCUACAACAAAUGUCUUUCUGCACCAAACUUGGGUUUUUACAAAACAGAAAUGUUCCAAUGCUCGCUUCACUCCGGUACAUGUCCACAAAGCUUUUCAUUGGUGGCCUAUCACCCGGAACUGACGACCACUCCUUGAAGGAUGCUUUCUCUACCUUCAACGGAGUGACAGAGGCAAGAGUCAUGACUAACAAAGUGACUGGGAGGUCUAGAGGUUAUGGGUUUGUUAACUUCAUCAGUGAGGAUUCUGCCAAGUCUGCUAUUUCUGCUAUGGAUGGACAGGAGUUGAAUGGGUGUAACAUCCAUGUGAAUGUUGCAAAAGAAUGGCCAAGUUUGCCAUUGUCUUUGGAUCAGGGAGUUAUAGAAGAUGAGAAGAGAGGCAAUAAGAUGGUCAGCCGAUCUGUAUGGAAAGAUCCAUUCGUUGAUGCGUUCUUGAUGAAGAAGAAAAACGCAGCUCUGAACAGGAAGAUAUGGUCAAGGAGAUCGACAAUUCUACCAGAGUAUGUUGAUUCAUCGGUGAGAAUCUACAACGGCAAAACUCAUGUUCGUUGUAAGAUCACUGAGGGGAAAGUUGGGCAUAAGUUUGGAGAGUUUGCGUUUACAAGAAAAGUAACCAAGCAUCCUAGAGCAAAGUAAGUGUGGUUCUUGACAAUGGCUUUGGUCAGCUUGAGAUGAACCACAAACGAUUCAAUAAGAAUACUGAGCAGGUAAGCUUUGAAGUCUAUUUAUCAGACUCUGAAGCUGUUCAAGUGUUUUCGAUUCAUGAAACCUGAGGAAACUUUUGUAACACUGUUGAUCCUCCGAAGUGUUUUUGUAGUUGUUCAUGAUUCUUCUAGUGAUGCGAAGUAUGAGACAUUUGAUCCACUUUAAAGCAAAGAUGGCCAUUUACAAA